AUGGGCUAUCUGGAGUUCUUCCAGCAACGGGCCGUGCCCAGAACGCGACGCGAAAAGAUACUCGUAUACAAGCUGGACACCUUUAUCAUGACGUACUGCUGUGCUUGCUACUUCUUCAAUUAUCUCGAUCGAUCUGCGUUUGCAAACGCAUACGUAGCGGGACUCCAGGAAGACCUGAGCCUGGUCGGUAACAACUACAGCAUUCUGCUCUCCCUGUUCACAGCCGGCAAUUUGGUCGGCCAGAUCCCUCACGCUCUCAUUCUGCAAAAGGUUCAACCCAGGAUAUGGCUGCCCACGACGCUGAUUGCUUGGUCUGGCUUGACUAUGUGUUGCGCUGCAGCCAACAACUAUGCUCAGUUGGCUGCACUGCGCUUCUUUCAGGGUUUCUUCGAAGCAAGCUUGUGGUCGGGAACUAUGUACAUUAUCGGCUCCUGGUACACACCCUUGGAAAUCGCAAAGCGCACGUCUCUAUUUGCCGCAAUCGGUCAGGUGGGUAGCAUGUUUGCCGGCAUCAUGAUGACGGCAAUGCGUAACUCCAUGGACGGGACGCAUGGGCUUGCAGGUUGGCAAUGGGUCUUUCUACUGGACGGCUUGAUGGGGAUUCCAGUCGGUCUCUGGGGUCUAUUCUUUUUCCCCAACCUGCCAGAAGACACCAACGUGUCGUAUCUGUCCAAAGACGAACUUCAAUUGGCCAAAGACCGCCUUCCGCCCAAAGUGGACAACACGCACGACAUCUCGCCGCGCUCCCUAGCCCGCCGUGUCCUGACUCAGCCAGCAGUCUACAUCUUGACCAUGUUCGCCAUGCACUGUGGCGCGCUGGAGGCCUUCGCCUUCCAGGGUGGCUUCCUGCUUUGGUUGAAGCACUUCAAAGCCGAUUAUCCCGCUAACGCCGCCAACACUUAUCCGCUAGGCAUCCAAGCCGUCUCCAUCGUUGCCAUGAUCGCCGCAGGCGUGUACAUUGAUGCGACCAACCAACGAGUCUCGGUCGGCCUAUUCACCGCCCUGAUGCAACUGGUCACUGGCAUAAUACUCGCAAUCCGCUCCUCGCCACCCCCGGCUGUCUUUGCGGCCUUCUAUCUGAGCGGCACGAGCUAUAUCGUCAACCCGAUCCUUUACGGCUGGGCGAACAUCAUGCUGCAGCGCAGCGGGGAUGAUGCGGCCCGGUCCAUCGUCAUGUACACGAUGAACACCGGUGGUCAGCUUCUAUACACCUGGUGGGGCAUUGUGAUGUAUCCAGCGACCGAUGUCCCGUACUGGAAGAAAGGCGCCAUUGCGGUUAUUGUGCUCUCGUCGUUGUUUCCUGCGUCUUUGUGGCUAAUGACUUGGGCAAGUAUCAUGCUACCAGCGAAGAAAGUGCUCCGCUGA